CUCUCACAUUUCACUCGUUUAUUAUAUAUAUAUACAUAUAUCUCCUUUCCGUCCUCUGACCUCGAUUUCUCUCUCUUCUUCUUUUUUUUACUAUUCUUACUUUCUCUUUUUCUGCCGGUGAGGUGAGUUUUCUCCUGUUUGUCUUGGCAUUUGUGUUGGGCCUGUAGGGUUGUUUUACUUUCUUUGUUUAUCCCUUUCUUUUAAAAAGUCCUGUGCUUUUCUUUUGUUCUCUUGUGACUAGAACUUAAAGAAAAGUAGGAAGCAACAAGCAAGCAAAAGAAAGAAUCUCUGGUUGUAGAACUAGAAACCUACAUGCAACCUGUUUAAGUCCUCAAUAGCUUAGGUGCCUUGUGUUUUUUUUUUUUUUUAAAUUAUCCCUGUGUUUCUCAUAGAGAGCAAGUCUUUCAUUCAAAAAAACAGGUGAAGAAAUGACUAAAGAAGAAGACUUUAAGCUACUCAAGAUUCAGAUUUGUGUUCUCAAAGUGAACAUACACUGCGAUGGAUGUAAGCAGAAAGUGAAGAAACUCCUUCAGAGAAUUGAAGGUGUUUACCAAGUUAGCAUAGAUGCAGAGCAGCAGAAAGUCGCAGUCUCAGGAAGUGUAGAUUCUGCAACAUUGAUCAAGAAGCUGAUCAGAGCUGGUAAACAUGCUGAGGUUUGGUCCCAGAAGUCCAACCAAAAUCAAAACCAAAACCAAAAGCAGAACUGCAUCAAAGAUGAGAAGAAGAACAACAAAGGCCAAAAACAAGUCUUGAUCAAAGGCCUUGAAGCCUUCAAGAACCAGCAGAAGUUCCCUACUUUCAUUUCUGAGGAAGAUGAUGAUUAUACGGAUGAUUAUGACGAAGAGGAUGAAGAGGAUGAGCUGCAAUUUCUCAAACCAAGUCAGCUGGGUUUGCUCAGGCAACAAGCUUUUGAUGCAAAUAAUGCCAAGAAAGGUGUUGGAGACAUUGCUGCAGCUUCCAGCAAUAAUAAUAAAAUGAACAAUAUUAUAAACGGGAAUGCUGGAAAGAAAGGAAACCAGAAUCAGAAUAUGGGAAUGAAGGUCAAUCCAGGUUUGCUUGAUCAAAAAACCUUGGCAGCUUUGAAGAUGAAUAAUGCUCAGUUGGUUGGUGGUUUAAACAUAAAUGCAACAGAGGCCAAGAGGGGAAAUGACAUUAACCCCAUGAUGGGUCAUUCAGGUUUCCCUGGAAAUGGUGCUAAUGUUGCUAAUUCUUUAGGAGGCAAUCCCAAUGCUGUUGGAGGAUUUCAACUUCAAUCCAACAAUGGAUUGCAGGGGUCUUCUACAGCAAGUUUUCCAAAUGGUGGAUAUGCUACUGGUCAAUAUCCAUCAUCAACGCUCAUGAACAUGAAUGGCUACAACUAUCCAUCACCAAUGAACAUGAUGAACCUGCAGAAUAGGCAUGCCAUGCCGCCACAACCCCAGAUGAUGUAUCACAGAUCCCCGAUAAUUCCCCCUAGCACUGGGUAUUACUAUAAUUAUAAUCCUCCUCCAUACUCAUUCCCUGAAGCCCCCAAUUACAACGCUGACCACUCUGCAUCAACCCAUAUGUUCAGCGAUGACAACACAAGCAGCAGCUGUUCAAUAAUGUAACAAGAAGAAAGAAAAAAAAAAUUAUGUAGAGAGAGAAUGCAUGGACUUUGUUUGACCUGAAUUUCUCUCUUUUAAGUGGAGCUAGUGGGUUUUGACAACAUUCUACUGUGUGGUGUAGAGGGUAGCAGAGAUGCUGGAAUGGGGAUGUUUGAGUGAAAUCUCAUCUGUGUCUUUGUGUAGUUGUUAAGAUUAUGUUAUCUUUUAUUUAAUUCACUCCAACUCUGCCUGCUGGUGUUUUUUUUUCCCUCUGCUCCUGGAAUGACAAUGUGAACCAGAAACGCUAGUAAAUAAACAAAGGAGUGAUUAAUCUAUAAUUUACUUAAAUAAUUUUUGUGGGUGUAAGUGUAUGGGUUUUGAGGAUUAUGGUCAAAUUUGGAGUGGUUUUUAUUUAAUUCCAA